AUGGGCGACGAGGGCUGCGACGACGCGAGCGCGUCGCUGCUGUUGCACGAGAGCGAGCCGGAGUGGGCGCAAGGCGGGCAUGGCGAGCGACCUCGUCGUCACCAUCGGCCAGUGCGCCUUCCACGUGCACCAAUACCCGCUGUACGCGUUACUAGCCUUCCACGUGCACCAGUACCCACGUCGCUUCAAGCUCUCCCUCCUGUCUCCCCUGUUCCCCUCCUUUCUGUUCCUUCCCCCCGGCUCCCCCUCCCUUCCCUUCCCCCUCCCUUCCCCUCCCACUGCCUCCCCUUCCCCAACCCCAGCUUCUCCCUGUCAACGGUGGUCGCCAACGCGGCAGCAGCAGCGGGCGAGGGCACGGGCCCCAUGCAGGCGGACCUCUCGUUCCUCCCUGGCGGCGCGCUCUCCUUCGUCCCCAUCGCCUGCUACUGCUACGCCCGCCCCUGCCGCCUCUCGCCCCACUCCGUGCUGCUCGUGCGCUCCGCAGGUACUGAUGCCCCUCCCGAGGCAGGAGGGGGAGCGUGUGGGAGUUUGGCACUGAACCGUGUUGCAUCCCAUGUGUUCACCAUUGCUGCUCUGCACCCAUGCUCUCCUCAACCCCAUCUUCUCAACCCCCUCCCUCCCGUUCUUAUCAUUCCCCCUCUUCUUAUUCUCCCCCUUUCUCGUCCCCCCCCUUUCCAGCAUGUUCUCACCUUCCUUCUUUACACCCCCCCUCUCCUCCUCCCUCCUUCUCCCGCUCGCCCCGGCAGCAUCGCUGCUGCACAUGAACGCAUGUGGGCCCACCUGCUGCCACUGUUUCUGAUGGGCCUCAAACCUCCCUUCCCCUCGCUCUCCCCCCUCCCCCCUCUCCCCCCGUCCCCUCCUCCCCCGCCAGUAUCGCUGCUGGAGAUGAACGCGUGUGGGCCCAGCCACUCGCUGCCGCUGCCGCAGCUGGCAAUGCAGCGCCUGCAGCACCUCCUGCAGCACUAG